AUGUCCAAUGCCACACCAGGAUACGGUGUUACGGAUGCAGCAGACUCAUCUCAGGAUCAUGAGGUGGCCAAUGCCGAGAGCGCCGCGGGACAGACUACUGUGGUCGACUCGAACGACACGCAGCAUCGCCUCGCCGUUGAGAUGUAUAGAUCCUACAGCACGACGGGAAAGUUGGAGUACCUUGUGAAAGCUGUCAAGGUCAUGCACGAACUGGUAGGGGCUGGCGUAGAAUCUACCAACGGAGAACAUCUCAGUGACUUCGGCGGCAUGUUGUUGACUCUCCAUGUCCGUUUGGGGAAACUUCCCCACCUCGAGCUAGCGAUUAUAGCACUCGCGCGCGCUGUCGACCUUACUGCCGACCACCAUCCCGAUAAGCCGGGACGGCUCAGCAACCUUGGCGCGUGUUUGCAGUACCGUUUUCAGCAGCUUGGAGAGCUCGAUGAUCUCGAGAAUUCCAUCGCUGCCCAUCGUCGAGGGAUCGAGCUUACCCCAGCCCCCACUCUCCGAGCCGGACAGCUCACAAACUUGGGAUCUUCCUUAACGAAGCUGUUCGAGCAUAAUGGCGCACUUGACACACUUGACGAGGCCAUCUCUGUUCACCGACGUGCCGUUGACCUAACAUGGAAAGGCCAUCCCGAGCAAGCGAGCCAUCUCAACAACCUCGGCAUAGCGCUAUAUAGCCGCUUUGAACGCGUCGCCGAUCUUCGUGAUCUUGAGGCGUCUAUUUCAACGCAUCGGCGUGCAACUGAAGUUGUGCCGAGAACCAGCCCCUAUCGAGCAACAUUCCUCAACAAUCUUUGCACGUCUCUAGUAGCUCGGUAUGAGCUGGUUGGUGACUUGACCGACAUUGAUGGUGCCAUCGCAGCUGCUAAGGGUGCCCUCGAGAUCACGCCGGACGGUGACCCUGAUAAAGCCGCGUAUCUGAAGGACCUCUCCGCAUGUCUCCUGAGACGCUUCGGUCGCACCGGUGCACUGGACGAUCUCGAGGACUCAAUCUCCACGGCCCGUUCUGCUACAGACCUGGUACCGGAUGACCACCCCAAGAAGCCCGCAUACUUCAACUCGCUCGGUGCAGCCCUGAUGGCUCGCUUUGAGCAUGCCGGCGAGCCGAGCGACCUCGAGGCCGCCAUCUCGGCCCUCCAGCACGCGGUGGAACUUUCUCCAGACGGUCAUGUCGAUAAACCCAACCGGCUCUCUAACCUGGGUAAUGCCCUGCAGAAGCGCUUCAAACGUUUCGGCGCCAUUGAGGACAUUGACGCCGCCGUCACAGCUCUGCGCAGUGCCGCCGAUCUCACGCCUGACGACGACGCAGACAAGCCAGGGCAGCUGAAUAAUCUUGCAAUAGGCUUCCAGACACGCUUCAACCGCUUGGAUGGACUUAACGACCUAAACGAUGCUGUCGCAACGCACCACCGGUCCUUGGAACUCACCCCGAAUGGAUCACCCGCCAAGCCAGGACGGUUCCACAAUCUUGGAGUCACUUUACAAAGUCGUUACGAUCGCUUAGGGGACAUGGACGACUUGAAUAAGGCUAUUGCAGCCAAGCAGGAGGCGCUACAGCUAUUGGUCGGCGAGCUUCCUGGGAAACCAUCAUUACUCCACAGCUUCGGAAACUCCCUACAGUGUCGCUUCGAACGGCUCGGCGACAUGGAUGAUCUUGAUAGAGCCAUUUCAGCGCACCUUCGAGCUGUAGAGGCAACACCGGAUGCCCGACCGCUCAAACCUAGCUUCCUGAACAGCCUCGGUGGCGCGUUACUAUCCCGCUUCGAGCGCACCGGCGAGUCUGAGAUGCUCAGUAGCGCCAUCUCCGCCCGGGCCCAGGCGGUCAAAUUGACGCCUGAUGGUCAUCCUGACAUGUCACUCCGCCUGAACAGUUUCGGGAUCACACUCCAAGCCCUCUACGAGAAUACUGGCGACCUUGAAGAUCUCGAUAAAGUGAUAACUGUCAAGCGGCAGGCGGUCGAGCUAACACCCGACGAUCACCCCGAUAAACCUCAUCGGCUGAACAACCUCGGCAACUCAUUGCAAAGACGGUUUGCUCAUGCCGGAGAGCUGUCAGAUCUCGAGGCUGCCAUCUCGACUGCUCGUCUGGCCGUCCAGUUGAUCCCGGAUGGCCACCGCGACAAGCUCGAGAUACUCUUCAACCUCGGUUGUUCUCUCGAGCUCAUGUUCGGCCGAGACAAAGAUCGAGACAGCUUCAACGCCGCUAUUGACUGCUUGCUCGCCGCGACGAGGCAGCCUCUAGGGAACCCCUACCAUCGAGUAUCUGCUGCGAACAAGUGCGUGGGAAUGUUCGCUGAACACCCGGACUUCAGCCGCGUGGACGCCAUUUUGGAGGCACACUCCUGCGUCCUCGAUACCCUUCCUGGUAUCGUAUGGCUUGGCCAUGACGUCAGUCGGCGCUACGAAGAGUCGGCACGGCUAGGUGGCCUCGCAAGCGCCGCUGUCGCCGCUGCCAUAGAAGCCGGAGCGCUAUCAAAGGCCGUAGAAUGGCUCGAGGCAGGACGUUCGCUUGUGUGGUCCCAGAUCAUGUCACUGCGUGCACCUCUCGAAGAGGUUGAAAAGAGCUAUCCCGACCUUGCGCAAUCUUUGCGUGCCAUACAGCAAGAGUUGCAGCAGUCGGGCUUUGUCUCCGAUGUACCUACGCAUGUCUCCCCGGUGGCAAAGGGUGGACUCGACGGCUUCUCGUACCUUGCCUCCAAUACGGAUGGGGACCGCCAUCGCGCUCUUGCCGUCGAGUAUGAGCGACUUCUCACGGAGGUUCGCGCUUGCCCGGGCUUCGAAGACUUCUUGCGCCCGAAGAAGCUCUCCGCUCUCCUAGCAGAUCCUGCCUCUAUCGCCAAUCCCUUCGUGUUCAUCAACGUACACUCAACCCGCUGCGAUGCUCUCAUCCUUUUAGCAGGCGGUGGGCUGAUCCUUGUUCCGCUUCCUGCACUUUCCCUGGAGCGCGCACAGAAGUUACGGACACUAUGUACCGCCAGUCUUGAGAAGAAAGCCAUGCGCGAGCGUGGAUCUGUGGCGCAGGACAUGGUAGAAUACCAGAAAUCCAACCCAUUCAUGCGUUUGGCGGAGCUCAUGUGGCAUUGGAUCGUUGAACCUAUUCUGAAAUCCAUCGACCUCUCGGUUACGACCAUCGGAACCCUGCCCCGUAUCAUCUGGUGUCCCACAGGGCCACUCACGCAGUUGCCCCUCCAUGCCGCUGGAGUAUACGACAAGCCCUCGGGUCCUCGCGCUUUCGACAUCAUCGUAUCAUCUUACACACCAUCCCUCUCCGCAUAUAUGCGCUGCAAAUCAGACAUUCAGAAGAGGGAGCGUCGUGAUCCUAGCGUUCUGAUUGUCACACAACCCAGCACGGCACGAUUUGCUCCGCUUCCGGGAACCAGAGCGGAGAGCCGUCGUCUGCUCGAGGUUCUAGGACGCAGACAGGUUUCGAACACCCUGCUUGAUCAUGACCAAGCUACGGUUUCUGCCGUCAAGAGUGCAAUCAAUAGUCACUCCUGGGUCCAUCUUGCUUGCCACGGGUCCCAGGAUCAAGAUGAUCCGACGAAGAGCGCCUUCGCGUUGUUCGAUGGCCCGCUAUCACUAUCGACUCUCAUGCGCACGGAGGCGGAUCACGUCGAGCUUGCAUUCCUCUCGGCGUGUCAAACCGCCACGGGCGACGAUGAUAACCUCGAGGAGUCCGCACACCUAGCUGCGGGCAUGCUCGCUGUCGGGUUCAAGGGCGUCAUUGCGACGAUGUGGUCGAUUGGAGAUGACGAAGCUCCGAUAGUCGUGGGGGCAUACUAUUCCCGAUUGCUCGAGCUUCGUGGCCCAGGAGCCAUCAGUGGUGGGAAUACGGGCGCGGCGUAUGCGCUUCACGAAGCGGUGAAGGGAUUGAGAGAGGUGGUCGGCGAGACGGACUUGGCGAAAUGGGCUCCUUUCGUACAUCUCGGAGCCUGA